AAGGAGUGAAGGAGGCGCCGUAGCCGCGCGCGCGGGCGGGAGCGGGGGCCCGGGUCUCCCAGGAGGAGUUGGGGAACACCCGGCAAUUCUGCCGGCCGCUUCCCGGUGGCGCAGGGAUCCCGCGUGUUUGCGAGUGCGUGUGCGUGCGAAGUUCUCCGGGUGAGUGUGCCAGCGCGCGCCUGGAGGGUGUGCAAGCUUGUGAGCGUGCACACGUGGGCACAGGCGUGUGCGCGCGGGGGUGCCCGGCUGGAUGUGUACACUUGAGUGUGUGCCGGCCCGCGUGCCCCUGCGUGAGUGUGCGCGCGCGAGCACACGUGUCUGUGUGUGCCCUCGCGUGCGCUACGAGCGGGCCCUGGGUGGGAGCCCGAGAUCCCGCCCCCUCCCCAGCCCCGGCGCCCCUCCCUGCCCCCAGCCGGCGGCGCCGGCUGCAUCCUCGCCUCCACCUCGCUCACCCCCUCCUCCCCUGACUUUCUCGGCUCUCCUUCCCUGUCGGCUCACACCGCCGGACUCCGCGCUCUCCUCGCCCGCCGCCUUGGGGAUCGCCGGCCGCCGCCGCUCCACCUGCGCCCGCCGUUCCCCCAGUGCCUGGGCACCUGUUGGAGGCAGAGACAGCCAGGGGUGCUGCAUGAGGGGCCGCAGGGGCGACCGCAUGACCAUCAACAUCCAGGAGCACAUGGCCAUCAACGUGUGCCCCGGGCCCAUCCGGCCCAUCCGCCAGAUCUCUGACUACUUCCCCCGCCGGGGACCAGGACCUGAAGGGGGCGGCGGGGGCGGUGGGGAGGCCCCCGCCCAUCUGGCCCCCCUGGCUCUGGCCCCCCCUGCAGCCCUCCUUGGGGCCACCACGCCUGAGGAUGGUGCAGAGGUGGACAGCUAUGACUCGGAUGAUGGCACCGCCCUGGGCACGCUGGAGUUUGACCUUCUCUAUGACCAGGCCUCUUGCACUCUGCACUGUAGCAUCCUCAGGGCCAAGGGCCUCAAGCCCAUGGAUUUCAAUGGCCUUGCAGACCCCUAUGUCAAGCUGCACCUGCUGCCUGGAGCCUGUAAGGCCAAUAAGCUAAAAACAAAGACUCAGAGGAACACGCUGAAUCCUGUGUGGAAUGAGGACCUGACAUACAGUGGGAUCACGGAUGACGACAUCACACACAAGGUUCUCAGGAUUGCCGUGUGUGAUGAGGACAAGCUGAGCCACAAUGAAUUUAUUGGGGAGAUCCGAGUGCCACUCCGCCGCCUCAAGCCUUCGCAGAAGAAGCAUUUUAACAUCUGCCUCGAGCGCCAGGUCCCGCUGGCGUCCCCCUCUUCCAUGUCGGCAGCGCUGAGGGGCAUCUCCUGUUACCUGAAGGAGCUGGAGCAGGCAGAGCAGGGGCCAGGGCUGCUGGAGGAGCGUGGCCGCAUCCUGCUGAGUCUCAGCUAUAGCUCGCAGCGCCAGGGACUGCUGGUAGGCAUCUUGCGCUGUGCCCACCUGGCUGCCAUGGACGUCAACGGUUACUCGGAUCCCUACGUCAAGACGUACCUGAGGCCUGACGUGGACAAGAAAUCCAAGCAUAAGACGUGUGUGAAGAAGAAGACUCUCAACCCAGAAUUUAACGAGGAGUUUUUCUACGAGAUAGAGCUCUCCACUCUGGCCACCAAGACCCUGGAAGUCACAGUCUGGGACUAUGACAUUGGCAAAUCCAAUGACUUCAUCGGUGGCGUGUCCCUCGGGCCAGGUGCCCGAGGCGAGGCCCGUAAGCACUGGAGCGACUGCCUGCAGCAGCCGGAUGCAGCCCUGGAGCGCUGGCACACCCUGACCAGCGAGCUGCCCCCUGCGGCCGGUGCUCUGUCCUUAGCCUGAGUGGACAGCAGUGCCCUGCACAGGCCCAUCGGGCCGGGCCCAGUACCCAACCUUCGCACGAGUGUGUUGCACGUUUACACGGGGUGGGCAGCCCCCACUCUGCACUACCUGUCUUAUUUUUGUGAGUCUCAGUGACCCAGGUCUGUCUGCUCGUGAGGGGCUGUGGAGUUCUAUAUUCACAUAUGCAAACCUCCUGCCUGACUCGCUAGUCCCUGCAAAUAUGCAAACACCCCAUCCUCUGCAUACCUGGGCAGUGCUCAGAGCCCGGCCCCAGGCCCUUGAGCUCCUCACUCCGGCCUCUCCACGCUGCCCCGUCCCUCUCCCCCGACAGGGAGGAGGUCGGAUUAGGGGAGGUUCAGAGGAGGAGAAUGUCUCAAAAAAGAAAGAAGACAAAAAAAAAC